AUGCAUAUCACUCGCUGUUAUUUCUGUUCAGGACCCUGUUAUCCUGGUCAUGGCACUAUGUUUGUCCGUAACGACAGCAAGACCUUCCGUUUCUGUAGAUCCAAAUGUCACAAGAACUUCAAAAUGAAGCGUAAUCCUCGUAAGGUUCGCUGGACCAAGGCUUUCAGAAAGGCCAGUGGAAAGGAAAUGGUCAUUGACUCCACCUUUGAGUUUGAGAAGCGUCGCAACGUUCCUGUCCGUUACGAUCGUAACAUGAUGGCCACUACCAUCAAGGCCAUGAAGCGUGUACAAGAAAUCAGAGCCAAGCGUGAGCGUGCAUUCUACAAGAAUCGUAUGGCCGGUAACAAGGAGAAGGAGAAGGAAGAUGAUAUCCGUGUUGUUAACCAAAACAUCGAAUUGGCCCCUCUCGAAUCGAAAAAGAGAGUUCAAGCUAUCAAGGCCGAGAAGGCAAAAAACGAGAAUAUGGAUAUGGAGGAUUAA